UCAUUACCAAAAUCCAACCGGUAAUGUAGUUGAAACCUCCGCCCCCUCUACUCUCUUUCGAUACAUCCAAUAAAAACUCAUUCCUACAAAAACAACAACCUACGCCAUUCUUUUUCCCUUCAAAAAAUCAUCCCCAUUUUUCUCCAUUCUCCCCAAAAUGUCGUCUCAUCUCCUCCAAACCACCUUUAUGCCCACCACCCCCAUCGCCCUCCGCCGUGCUUCCAUUUUCCCCGCCACCCAUUUACGCAGAACCCAUGUAAUUGAAUCCAAGAUCCGUGAAAUUUUCAUGCCUGCACUCAGUUCUACAAUGACUGAGGGCAAGAUUGUCAGUUGGGUCAAAAUUGAAGGUGAUAAACUUGCUAAAGGUGAAGCAGUUCUUGUUGUUGAAUCAGAUAAAGCUGAUAUGGAUGUUGAAUCUUUUUACGAUGGUUAUUUAGCUACUAUUAUUGUUCCUGAAGGUGGGUCCGCUCCUGUGGGGUCCACCAUUGCUCUUCUUGCUGAAUCUGAAGAUGAGAUUGCACUUGCAAAGGCGAAAACUCCGAUACCCACUUCGACUUCCAGUCAAGAAACGACUACUCCGGCUGCUGCUGUAAGCGAAGAGGUGGUUUCUCCGGUAGCAGCAGCUGCUGGAGUUUCACCCUCCGAUGCGGGGCCCGCGAAAAUGGCAUCGGUCGUUCACCCUGCAUCAGAAGGAGGGAAGAGAGUGGUGGCUUCACCAUAUGCUAAGAAAUUGGCUAAGGAAUUGGGUGUGGAGUUGAGGGGGUUGGUGGGUAGUGGGCCUAAUGGGAGGAUUGUGGCUAAAGAUGUUGAAGCAGCCGUUGGAUCAGCUGCUUCAACGCCUGCUCCUGUAGGUAGUGUGGUCGGGACCACAGUGGCGCAGCCAAGUGGCGGUGCACCGGUGGCUCCAGCAGUAGAAUUGGGGACAACUGUGCCAUUCACGACAAUGCAGAAUGCAGUGAGUAGAAAUAUGGUGGAGAGUUUGGCUGUUCCAACUUUUAGAGUGGGGUAUACUAUUACUACUAAUGCACUUGAUGCUCUCUACAAGAAGAUCAAGUCGAAAGGAGUGACAAUGACAGCAUUGUUGGCAAAAGCCACAGCACUUGCAUUGGCUAAACAUCCUGUUGUGAACUCCAGUUGUAGAGAUGGGAAGAGUUUCACGUAUAACAGUAGUAUUAACAUUGCUGUUGCAGUGGCCAUAGACGGUGGUUUGAUUACUCCUGUACUUCAGGAUGCGGACAAGGUUGAUAUAUACUCAUUGUCAAGGAAAUGGAAGGAGUUAGUUGAUAAGGCUCGGGCUAAGCAACUCCAACCCCAUGAAUACACCACAGGCACUUUUACUCUAUCUAACCUUGGGAUGUUUGGCGUUGAUCGCUUCGAUGCCAUCUUACCUCCAGGAACUGGUGCAAUUAUGGCUGUAGGAGCAUCUCACCCUGCACUUGUUGGUACCAAAGAUGGUCGAAUUGGCCUGAAAAACCAAAUGCAGGUAAAUGUCACUGCUGAUCAUCGGGUGAUAUAUGGUGCUGAUUUGGCUUCUUUCCUGCAAACCUUAGCACAGAUAAUUGAGGACCCUAAAGACCUUACUCUUUAGGCUUAUUCUCAACGUGCGGAGAUUAGAGUUUUUGUAGUGUAUUUGUGUUUAAGUUUCAUCAACAGAAACCAGAUGCUGUAACAUCUGAAGUAUAAUUCAGAAGAUCAAUUGGAAUGGAUGAUUAGGUCAUUUAUUUGCUGGUGCUUAGUUAAUCUUUUUCCUUUUUUUGGGGGGUUAAGUGUAAACUCGUAAGGACAUUUUUCAUGGCUGUCAUAAUUUAUGGUCUGAUGAUAAGGUCUUCGUUGAUUCAUCAUUUAAAUGUUACAUUUACAAAGGAUGCUGCAUAACUUUCAAUUGAUUUUUAUAUUCAAGAGUUUUCUGCCA